CUGUUUGAGAGGUUCCCUCAGCAUAGCCCCGAGGAGCCGUUGUCGACUUUUGCAUUAUUUGUAGGUGUGCGUGUGCGUGUGUGUGUGUGGUGUGUGUGCGUGUGUGUGUGUGUGUGUGUGUGUGUGUGUGUGUUGCGUGUUUCUAGCAUAAAGAGGGAUUAUUCGCCGGUGGGCUUGACGUAUUCGAAAUCAGCUUUCAUAGCUGCUGUGAGACCGGCAGUGAGCAUAUCGCACCACUAGAGGGCAGUUGUCUCAACCCAGAGCAUUCUCCACUCCACAAAUGCUCACCUGCCUUUUAGCUGGCUCCUGCCUGUUCUUAGUCUCUUAGGCUGGAAUGCUGCUUGUGUACGGUUGAUUCGUCUGUCCUGGUGGAUCUUACCCCUCCCUGUUGCAGAGACAAUAAAACCGUGGGGCAAGUCAAGUGGAGCAGAGAGAAGCACAGCAGAGAAGGAGGGAGAGGAAUUAGGAGAGUUGGCAUUUUAAGAGAGCGAUUGGAGAAGAGAAGAGUGCAAGCCCUGCUCAGUCUUGUGCCGCUGUUAGCAGUGGGAACAGUGCACACGCGUGUCCACCCUGACCUUUUUUCUUUCUUUCAAUUUAUUCUUACGCGAUUUCUAACACACGCACAUACAUGCACAUACACACACACUUUGGUCGAGGCCUUCCCAUGCAACCUGAGGCUGGCCUCCACCACACCUCGCUUCCUGAUACAUUUACGGGGCAGCAAGAAACCGGAGAAGAUGGCUGGGGAAGUCUAGUCAUAAUAGUGGAGGCAAGGAGGUGGUAGGACAGAGGGGACAGGGCAAAAAGGCGUUUUCAGGAGGUGAACUCUGAUGAGAUUGCUGGCUGUGGCCAUGAGUUGGGGAGAGUCAGGAUGGAACGAACAGUGCUUUCCAUCAGCACCACCCAGGGUUGCUUCUGAAACUCCCUGCGGUAAGUAGGAGGAUAAAAUGAGCUGCAGGUGUCUUGGUGUGUGGGACAAGGGGAGAAGAAUAAGAGGAGAGACAUGGGCAUUGAGGGUGUGGGACGAGUGGUAGAUGACACCCCAGAGCUUCAGGAGAGUUAAGAGCACAUGUAUAUUCCUGGGAGGAUAUAGGGAGGAGCUGACCCUGGGCAGCCAAAGGGACUUGAAGAAGGAAUUCCAAGCCUUGGAAGGAGUAUUCUGAGACUGCUUGCAGAGCUGGGGUCCAAGUUAAGUUUAUUCGGACUCCGUGUAGGUCAUAGGUACCUCAAGUAACACCAGUAUUGUUAAAUAUUCCAUUCUGCAAUUUGUAGCUGCGUGUUUAAAAUAUGCAAUGACUAAAAUGGUUCCCACCAUCACAGAUUUGUGUCUGUGUGCACUGGGAUGCAUCUAUGAAGAAUGGUAGACUGAAUGGACAGACUUGUAAGUAGCUGCCCUAAUAAUUAGUGGCUGGCAGUGUGUGUUGGGAAAUAAACUCCUGAGUAAAAGUAAGAGGGAGAAGGAUCUAGGAGGAAAGGGGAGGGUGAGCACCAGGAGGAGGAGCAGAUGGCCACCACUACAACCCCUAUUGCUAUCAACCUGAUGUCACUAAAGUACAGUGGGGAAGAAUUGGGUAUCAUUCAGUUUUGACGCUGGCACACACAGCUUCUGCACAUUCUAUCUGCGGCAUCUGAAAAGCAGGCUCUUGCUGCUCUGUGCAUUCCUCCCCAGCUCUAGCUCUGUCUUGGAUGCAGUACUAUGACAAUAAGCAGAGACUCAGAUAGCAGACAGAUUUUGAAUGUCACAUCUCAGAACCUCAGCUUCCUCACCCCUAAAUGGACUGUCCUUAUGUAGCUCUCAGAGUCCUCUCUGCAUAGCUGCACUGUGACAAAUCACUGGAUGUUGAAGAGUAGACUUUAAUGCUGAACUGGCUCUUGUAGCUUGUUUUGACCUCUAUGUUGCCACUGUCUAUGGGGCUGGGAUCCUUACAGUGACUUUAGAUGGGUUUGACUUUUAUCAUUUUACUUUCUUUUUUAAAUAGCAGAUUAAUUAAAAUUUUUUCAGUGUUUUGUUUGUUUGAGACAGGGGCUUACUAUGUAUCCUUGGUUGUCCUGGAACUCUAUCGACCAGGUUGGCUUCAAACUCAGAGACUGCCCUGCUUUUGCCUCUAGAGUAUUGAGAUUAAAGGCUUAGACUGUCCUAGUUAGGGUUACUAUUGCUAUGAUGAAACAGCAACAUGACCAAAAGGAAGUUGGGAUGGGAGUGACUUAAUUUCCACAUGAUAGUCCAUAACUGAAGGAAGUCAGGGCAGGAACUCAAAUAGGGCAGGAACCUGGAAGCAGGAGCUGAUGCAGAGGCCAUGGAGGAGUGCUGCUUACUGACUUGCUCCUCGUGACUUAUUCAACCUGCUUCCAUAUAGUACCCAGGACCACCAGUGCAAAGGUGGCCCCACCCACAAUGGGCUGAACCUUUUCCCUUCAAUCACAGUAAGAAAAUGCCCAACAGGCUUGUCUACAGCCAGAUCUUAUGGAGUCAUUUUCUCAGUUGAGAUUUCCUCAUCUCAAAUGACUCUUAUCGUGUGUCAAGUUGACAUAAAGUGAGCUGGCACAGGCAAAAUUUAAUUUUUUUAAAUUUAUGCAUGCGUAUGCUAAGGCCAGAAGAAUGUGUUGGAUCCUCUAGUGAUGGAGUUACAGGAAGUUGUGAUCUGCCUGACAUGGGUGCUAGGAACUAAGGACCUUUGGAAGAGCAGCAAGUGUUCUUAACUGCUAAGCCAUCUCCAGCCUCAUCAUUUCCUACUGCUUACUUUAAUAUGGAGUAGGAUUGUGCCUGCCUUUGUUCCCCACCUCCGCUCUAUCCUCACUUCCCUUUCGUGUCUCUCUUGUCCUCCUCUCUUAAGUGUGUGGUCCUGUCCUCAUGAGAACCUCUGUGGGUCAUUCCUUAGAGACUUUAAGUUACUGUGCUGUAGCCCUUGCUUUCUUUGGUCUUAAGGUCUCCAUAGCAACUGUAAGUAAUUGAUGAACCAAAUACCGUGUUUGUUAAGUGAGACUGAAUGAGUCUCUGCACAGGAGCUCAGAGUCCAUCAGGAGCAGGUCAUCUUUGAGCCAUAUCUGUCUGCUGUGUAAGGAGGGGGGCAGGAGGGAGUCCAUGGGAGCUCAGCAAAGGGGAUCUGGGCUUUAGCCAGAAAGGUGGGUGCUGAGGCUAUUGGGGGAACAUCAGUGAGUUUGAUGGGUGAUAGGGGUUGGGGAAGGAAUGAGAGGAUAGAGAUGGUGCAUUUAUCUACCUUAGCAUGGAAAGUUCAGUGGCUUUGACUUGGGAGUGGAGUAGGUGUCAUUCAGAUGAGACUGUCUUCAUUGGGGAGCAACAUGGAGACAAAGGGAACUGGCUCCACCCAUAUGUGCAGGGGAGCACCCUCCAAGAGGCUUCUGCUGCAGGAAAUGCGAUCUCAGGAGAAGCUAUGGUUUGUUCUGGUGGUUGCUCACCCUGUAUCCUCAAGCACUCUUGUACAAUAAGUCCAAGGAGCCUGAGAACCCUGAACCUAGAAGAGGAUGUCCAGGCCUCUGUGCAGUACACUUGUUUUGUAAACCGUGAAGCCCCAGGGCUGCUGCUACCUUGGGCUAUGACACAGAUGUUGAGCCUCUACACUGGAUAGUCAGGUAGCCAGUGCACAUCAUCCUGAAGGCUCAUGGUUAACCAGAGUCUCCAGUUUCUUAGAGUUUUGUUUCCAAAACUCUUUGAUAACCCUGUUAACAGGAAUUCAGUGGGAGUUGUACCAUCAGUCAUGGCCUAACCUCAGCUAAGGCUGUAGAAACUUGGUUAACUCAUAUAGCUGUAUGCCAGCACUAACUUCAGUCUAAGCUACCAUCCUGGUUCAGACUUUGGAGCUCCUUGGGACUGGACAGGAACCUGGGGGAGAGGGCAGGUGAGCAUAGAGAAGCCCUAGGGACAGGGUUGCUGGAGGCCUGGGACAAUUAUACUCUGCUGGAGUUGCUAGCUCAGUUGCCAGCCUCCUUGCCUGGAAUCCCUGAGAUUGCUUUUUGGCCAGAUUCCAACGACACUUCUGGAAUCUUAGGGUGUCACCCUAGGUACUAGAAAGCGGGUGCAUUACCUAAUAUGUACCCAGUAGAUUUGGAAGAUGUUCCUGGUAUCUGUGCAUGUAUGUCAUUGGCAAGUCAGAGGCCAUUGAAGAGCUUAGAAUAUGAAUCAGGCACUUACUGCUAACCUCUCCCCACACCCUGGACCAUAGUAGCAUCCUGCCAAGGAAUGGAGACUCAGCACAAGUUCUUCACUCUCUGGAUGCACAAGUUCUGGUGUCAGUAGAAAAUCCUUGCCUUACCACUUACCUGUAUUACCUCAGGAACUCCCAAGGCCAUGGUGUUAACCUACAGGAGUGCAUCAACCCCUCUGUUGCCCUCCAUGAUGCUGUUCCUCCCAUUUCUGAAGUGGCGGCAGAGGGUUGAAACCUGCUGUCCUUGCUGACAUAGUAGGGUGCAGCUUGGUUUGUUCAUCCUGAGUUGAUACACAGAUACUCAGGUAUGUCUCUGUUCCACAUUUUGGAGCAACACAGCACUCCCUAAAUUAGGAGCAGAGCACACACUUCAUUGAAUCCAUGCACAGCAGGUCUCUGAGAGGUUGGCCUAGAGGCUUGUGAAAACUUUCCCUCUAAAUUUGAUGGAUACCUGUGCAUUUUCUAUUUUUUUUAAACACUGUCAGCCAUUUGAUUUUUUUUUUUGAAUGCCAUAUUUUGAAGUGAGAGAAAAACACUUGCUCAUUUUAAGUGCUUUUCUGAAAAAAAAAUAAUUCACAGACGGGGAUAACUUCAUUUCAAAAAUAAAAAUACAACUUCCCAAUAUUCUACAAUAUGGCUUUGUUCUCUAAAUUAUAAAAUCAAGGCAGCUUGAGAGCAGUGCAGAGCCGGAUGGCAGCAGAAGGCUUGGAACUGAAGGCACAGACCGAGUUCAGCAACUUGCAAUUUUUCUUCACUGGGAACCUAUUUGAACUUAAAUUAUGCACAAUAAAUGUCAAAUCUUCCCCCAUUUAUCUUAGUAACUUAGGAAUCCUGUAUAUUGGGAAAAGCUCUUUGUACAUCAAAGCCCCUUAACAAUGCAAGUUGUCUCAUCUUCUCGUGGGAGGAACUGUCAGCUUGAUUGAUGUGAUCAGGGGAGUGAGGGCUGCUGUGAGGAGAGCCCCAGUGCACAGGCUUCUCUCUUCUGCCUCAGCUCUGAUUGCUUGCUCUGUGGAAAGCCCUUUUAGGGCAGCCUCUACAUAUUAGCACCUGCCAUCUAUCCCCAUGAGUCACCUUUAGAAUCAUGCCACCAUCAGGAGCAGAACCCACACCAAGCCUAAUGACUCAAUACAGCCAAGUCUCUGUCUAUCAGUAACAAGGAAGGGACAGGUAUGCAAGAAUGUAUUCUUCAAAACUUAGCCGCACGGUAGCCUCAUGUCCUGUCCUCUCCUCUGAGCUAACACAGUGGGUGUACAGGAGCUGGGUCUUGUGAACUUGACAGUAGCUCCUAAGACUUACCCUAAUAUGAAUGUUCAAGCUGGGGCAGCAUUCCCUACAACCACACUCCCAUGCAGGAAGUAGUCGAAUAUUGAAGGUGUCACCUUAGUGGCUAAGACCAGGAGCCCAACAAGGUCAGGAAUUGAAGCUUGUGCUCCACCAGAAUGAAAGACUCACCUCUCUCUCUUGUUAGUCUCAUGUGGGACAGUCUGACCUUGGACUUUGUAGUCCUGGAUGAUACUGAAUUCCUGACUCUUCUGCCUUUGUCUUCCCAAUGCUGAGCUUACAGGGCAAAAUUUCCUUUAUGAAGCAGAUUUAAGCAGUCAACUUGCCCAGGUCGGUUCUCCAUUGCCUGUCUCUUUGGACUCAUCACCACUAUGCGUCAUGCCUCAGGCUCAGAUCCUGCCUGGAAAAUGUCAGAUGAAUUUUUGUUGGCAUAUGUGCUACCUGAACAGUCCCCUGCCAGAACCUUUGCUGUGAGCAAUCCAAAAGCUGGCCAAGCUCCUCAAGGCUGGCCAGGCUCCAACCCUCGGAGUAACCUAAGUGCUCCACCUGCUGUGCUAUCUGGACUCUCCCCAAGUACAGCACCCUCCACUUUGCCUUUUGGACCAGCACCAACAGGAAUUUAUCCUUCCAUCCCUCUGACUGGACCAUCACCAGGUUCCCCACCACCCUUUCUUCCUUCUGAACUGUCAUGUCCCCAACCCAGUGGUCCUUAUCCAGCCCCUGUCGUAAGAGGCCCUGGUCCCAUAGGGCCGUAUGCUACACCAAAUAUGCACCUUCCAGAGCUACCUAGGCAAUAUGGUGCACCCACAGAUCCAGCUGCAGCUGCUACUUCAGGUACACGGGGAUCCAUGUCUUCUGGACCUUGGGCACCAGGAAUUGGGGGGCAGCAUCCUAAUGUGCCAUAUCGGUCCCCGGGGCCACAUCCCACUGUUCCUCCUCCAGUGUCAGGAGCACCACCUGUUCCAUGGGGCACUGUGCCACCAGGACCCUGGGGACCACCAGCACCAUAUCCUGACCCUGAAGGAUCAUAUUCCAUGCCAGGACCUCAUCCUACUCUGAAUAAUCCUUACCAAGUAACAUCAGGACCUUCUGGUACCCCACCAAUACCUGGUGACCCCCGUGAAGUGAAUGAAGUCCCAGGGGGGUCCCGUCCUGAUACAUCCAACCAGGAGAGCACCCCAGAGACCACUGGACAAAUGAAGCAACUGAAGGUAGAUGACAAACCCAUCAAGAGGAGACGGUCCAAAAAGAAGAGUAAGCCGGUAACUUGGGGAGACAUCAAGACAUUAACUCAUGAAGCUGAGACCUUGGGGAAACAGCAAGGACACAAUACUGCUGACCCCAAAAUGAUGCUGUUAUGUUUAAUGACUAUACUACAUGUUAAUUCUCAGCGUGGGAAUGCAGAAUCCAAAUGAAUUGUCAGCAGUAAUAAAUGGCACACUGUAAUAAACAGUAUGAUGUUGUUUUGUCAAAAAAAAAAAAAAGGAAAAAACAAAAAUAAAAAACCCCAUCACCAUCAGUCAA